CCUCACUCGCUCGCGUUCCGCCGAUCGCUCCCUCACGCUUUCCGGCGGUUUUCUCGCGCUCCGACCGCUCCCCAAUCUCAUUCCCCCGGCGAGCCCCCGCCGCGCCCCUGCCCCCGCGCCGAUCUCCGUCGCCUCCCCCGCGGCUCAGUGAUCUCCCCUCCCCGGCGGUACGGACUGUAAUAUCAUCAUCAAGCUCAUUGUGGAUUAAUGUCAGUUGCAAAAGUCAAAACGUCUAAUGCUCUUGAUGGGAUGAAAGUGGAGGACAGAAAUGAUACUUUAAACACAAUCAUCAGGCAAACUAUAGGAAAAGAACCUCUUCUGUCCCUGCCAAGGUCUGGGGAUAACUCAUUUCAGUGGAUCCAUCCACUACUUCAAGCUUUAGAUCAUCAAGAUUUGCCUGGUUGGCCACUGAAGAUUCCUAUGCAGAGGUGCAAUAAGUGCCAUCGUGAAUUCUUUUCAUCCAUUAACUACAAAAGGCACGUCCGUGUGCAUCAUCGGCUAAGAAAGCUUGAUAAGGAUAGCUCCAAAAAUAGAGAUUUACUAGGACCUUUCUGGGAUAAGCUAUCUGCGGAAGAAGCAAAGGAAAUAGUAUCCCUGAAAAAUUCUACCAUGGAGGAUGUUCCUGGGACUACUGUUAUAAAAUCUUUGGCAUCACUGAUACGGAAGCCUGGAUUUCCUGUAAUGCCGCAAUUUUGCCUAAAAGCUGGUUCAUCUCUUUUGGACAUUGUCCAGCCUAGGUCUUCAAGAUUUCCUCCAUCUUCGCAAGAUCUGUUUGGCAUUCUUGAUGAUGCAAGUGAAAAAACCUUUUUAAGUGGACCGACCUUAUUGAUGCGAAGAUACAUUUUCAAUAAGGAAGUUGGAAAGAUUGGUCUGGACCCUAAGAACUUGGUUGCAUUCACGUGUUUCAUGUUGGAACAAAAACUGGUUGAAGCAUGGCUCACGGAUAAAGAUGCUGAAGCUUUGAGGUUCCAGAAGUUACUGGUGGAGGAAGAAGAAGCUGCUCAGAGAAGGCAAGCUGAAAUUCUGGAAAGGAAGAGACAAAAAAGGCUUAGGCAGAAGGAACAGAAAGCAAAGGAGCACAGGAAUGGGGAGGUUAAUCUGGAAAAUAGUUUUGAUAUCGUAGAGAAUGAAGCUUUGUCAGAUGUGCCUGGAAAUUUGAGUUCAUCAGAAGUAGACAUUCGCAUUACAGAUUCACCUUCAGAUCCUGUACCGUCAUUGCUCGAAGUACCCCAGCUUCCGGAUGCUGAAGAAGGGCCAGACUUUGAGAUUGAGUCAGGGCUCGGCAGUGAUUAUCCAGUCUUUAAUAAUUUGCCGAAUGUUGAACUGCAAAGGGCACUUGGAGGCAGUCAUCAACACCUACGAACUACCAGUUGGCAUGUGCCUCGGAAACCGCGUCCCUUAUCUGGUGCUUUGCAUGAUUUCCAUGGAUCCAGUUCAUCUAAGCCUGAGUUCAAGCAUAAGCAUGUAAACCAGGAUUUGAGGGCUGCCAAUACACUCAACAACAAGAAAGUAUGGAGUAGAAAAUUAAAACCUGAGAAAGAGGACAAGAAUUUGAAUUUUAGAAUCCAUGAAGCAUUCAGCCCAGCUGGACCUGAUAAGAAACGCGAACUCUUGAUUGGCUCUAUAGCUGUUUCUCUUCAAAACCCUUGUCACCCAGAAGAUACAGAUAAUCUGGGCAAGAUAGAAAAUGGCCAUAGAGUAGAUUGCCAAGUUCAGAAGCAGGACAUUCAUUCAUUAUCCAGCAGGCCUGACACUCUCCAAUGCAGCACUAAUCAACCGAGGGGCAAGCUCUGGAGGCCAGUGAGCCGGAAUGGAGUCAAGGAUUCUGUUCUUGAGAACGGCAAUAGAGCUUUUGAAGGUGAUGAGAAUGCUGCCAUGAAGGGUGAUUCUCAAACAUUAGCUGACGAAGACCAGCUUAUAUCAGCUAGAGUUAAUGGUGGUUAUCAUGGGAAUGAGGAAAGUUCAGCGCAGGCUGGUGCAGAAAAUCCAGGGAAUUCGGAGUUUUCAAGCCAUUCUGCACGGGCUUUUCUUGCGGAGAGAUGGAAGGAAGCUACUGCAGCAGACCAUGUAAAGUUGCUCUUGCUUCCUGAAUCUGAACCGCCGGGAUCCCCCGAGACCCAAUCUGAUUGCCAAGGUGCUCCAGAAUUUGGUGAACGUAGCAUCCUUGGUGAUGCAGAGAACCGGAUAGUAAAUGGUGGUAAUUUUGGGUCUUUGGCAUCUGGAAUUGCGAAAGUUGGCAAUAGAGUGAAACUUGACAAGAACUUUAAGAAAAAGUACAUUCCAAAACAAAGAGGUGGUACAUAGUUUGGAGGUAGCAUAUUUUAUGAUACAGGUGUGCAGUGAUUAUCCCAGACUAGUAUUCUCAGCAGAGGUUCCAGUUUUACCGAUGGUCUUCUGUGUCGUAAUUCAUGGUUGGUUUGGCCGGAAAUUAGUUUUAUACUUCCGUCCUUUCUUUUCAUCGCAUAGCAGCAAAAUGACACAAAGUUUUUCAUUGUUUCUUCUAUCAUUCUGGAAUAAACUUUGGUCUGUCUAGUGCCAUUUAGAAGAUCUAUUUGGCACCAA